UUAUUUACGCGUGCUGAAUGAAUGACAACAGUAAACGCAACAAUAUUCAGAACAGAAGGAUUCAUUGAAUGAUGACAGACUCUUCACUUCUCAACUCUGAGCUGGAGUUACAGCAACAAGAAGAACUGUAUCAACAGCUGCUGUUACAGACAAUGGGGCAGAUUCACACAGGAAAUCCAGACUCCAAAGUAAUCCGUCCUCUGCCAGGCAUGUGUGUAAAAACUUUCUCCGAGCCAGGGAAGGAGAAGGUGUUCAUAAAUAUUUGUCAGUCAAACUCAGUCCCACCUCCUCCAGAACUCUCCAGAGAGGAGCUUGUGGAGCUGCUCCAAUCAGAAGAUCCCAGUGGUUUCCGAGUUCCCAUGAGCCUUGGCGAGCCACACACAGAAGUAGACAACAGCUCUCAAGGCUGCACGGCGUACGAUGUUGUCAUUAACCAGGAGUUUUUCCAGAAGUGUCAGAAGGAUCCCUUAUUCCAGCAGUUUGUUAUUCUCGUGUCUGUAGAGGGUUUAGAAAACAAAUACAGUCUGGAGCUGAAUAGAGAGUGGAAGGUUCUGAAAAACAGAAAGUUCUUGGGUUCUGUCAGCGAGCAGAAUAUCCGCACAAAGAGCAGGCCAGUGAUUCAAGAGCUGCAGCCUGAGGAGAAGUUGACUGCUGCCUCUAAAAGACCAGAGUUCACUCUGAUUGUUGAGCCUCCUGCUGGUGACCCAGAGUACCUCAUUGCAGAGAUAAAGCUUCCUGGAGUGGUGUCAUCUCGUGCUCUGGUUCUGGAUGUGGGAGAGGAUCGACUGGUGUUAACAGCUCGCCCUUCGCUCUUCCAUCUUGACAUCUUUCACCCCUUCCUGGUCGAUCAGGAGACCAGUGUGGCCCAGUACAACAGCAGCACAAAGAUUCUCACAGUCACUAUGCCCGUGGUCUCUUCAUGAACCUUCAGGAGGCAUGUUCAGCUUGUAAUGUUUUAUUAAACAGUGUUGCAGCAAUAAAAGUCACAUUAAUUAGUGUCUUGAUCCCAUUAAUCCCCAAUGAUUACAAGGCUAAGCCGCAAAGCCUGAAGUCUGUAAAACCCGUUUUUUUCUCAC